GGCCUUAGCAACGGCUUUCGAGCGGAGGAGGCUGCUGUUGGGCUGCGGAGCGGCAGGUGAGGUCCGGGCUCUAAGCUGCGGACACUGGCUGGGGCCAUGGCGUCCAGCUACCACACAAGUUCAGACCAAUGGAGGAAAAGAGCAGCAAAAAUUGAAUUGAAUGAAACCCAAAAGCAAGAAAUUAAAGAGGCCUUUGAUUUAUUUGAUGUUGAUGGGUCUGCAACCAUAGAUGUGAAAGAGUUGAAGAUUGCAAUGCGAGCCUUAGGAUUUGAACCAAAGAAAGAAGAAAUUAAAAAAAUGAUAGCUGAAAUCGACACAGAAGGAACUGGCACCAUUAAUUUUGAAGAUUUUUUUGCCAUAAUGAGUGUAAAAAUGAGUGAGAAAGAUGAAAAAGAAGAAAUACUGAAGGCUUUCAAAUUAUUUGAUGAUGAUGGGACUGGAAGCAUAACACUAACCAACAUCAAGAGGGUUGCUAAGGAACUAGGGGAAAAUUUAACAGAUGAUGAACUUCAGGAAAUUCUUGAUGAAGCUGAUCGUGACGGGGAUGGAGGAAUAAAUGAGGAAGAAUUUUUGAAAAUAAUGAAAAAGACCACUCUUUAUUAAUUCUUUUUUGUUCCUUCUGUAAAGUGAACAAAUUACAUUUGUUAUACAGUUCCAUAAUAUCUGAAUGUAUUCAUUUUUAGUUUUUAGUUUAUAUACACAAAUUGGUCUCUUGAUGUUUAAUCCAUGUGAGUAGUUACAUGUUUCUACCAAUAUGUUGUUAAAUCUACAGCAUCAUGAAACAAAGAAAAUGUAAAUGACUUUUUGGAACCAUGAAUCCAAGAACAUAUUAAUUCCAACUGCUAUUUUUAGAGUCCCAGGGUCAAAAGACUUAGAAUUUUUUUAAGUUUAAUGAAAUUGGCCCCACAUCGAAAUCAAUUUGGCAAACAAGCCAUUACUUUCCCUAUUAUUUUCCUUUUGUGCAACUCUUUAAAAACAGAUGAGCAUUUGGUUUUUAGUAAGUUAUUCAGAUAUGUAAAGUCUUAAAUAAAACUGGAAACUACAUCAUUUGCUAAUUUUCUUUUUAUAAAGAAAUUCAAAGCAUUUGUAUCACCCAGAUUUCCCUGUAAGUUUGACCCUAGAAGUUUGGAUUUAUUUAAUACCUCUGUCCUAGGACAGGUGCUAGAGAUUUUACAUAUGUUAUCUCAGUUUAUAUAUUACAACUGGGAAGCUGGUAGUAUUAGUUCCAUCUUACUACAUGUGAGAAAACUAAAGUUUGGAGAACUUAAGUUUAAAAAUUGUUGAAUUGCCCAUAGAUAAAUAAAACAUGGAUUCUAAAUCUUGUAGCCUUAUUCUUCAUUAUGCUGCUCCCCUAUGGAUAAAAGCUCUCAGGAUAAUUAAGUGCCUAUUUUCUAGGUCAUUCAAUUCUAUGACUCUCUUGUAAUUUAGCUUUAUUUGUUUUCUAUGAAAGAGCCAAACUGUUGGGAAAGGCAGUCUCUUGUGUGCAGUCUUUUGACUCGUACUGGGUUGUAUAAGAAUGGGCUUUGGGACUAGAACACUUGCUUACCGAGAGAGUCCUUAUAGCUUGUGCUGGACUUGUCACCUUGUCUGUGAAUAUCUUUUUCUGUUUCAGGCUCAAUGUGUACUUUGUUCUGCUUAAGCAUAUAUGUCAUAUGAAACCUGGCCAACCCCACUGCUCUAUCAGUCCACUUCAGGCGGGGGAUGGGGUCUUCUGCUAUGCAACAAGAGGGGUGUGAGCAGGCCAACUGCUCUGCGUUGGCUUCUGGGAGGGAACUGCUGGCCGUGGGAAACCAACACUCUCUACUGAAGCUGAUCUUGCUGUCUCCUCUAUAUGAGCAAAGCACUGUUCCUUCCAGUACUGACUGCAUUGUGUUUUCCUUGGCGACUCUGAUACCAAGAUGCAAUGGGCAGAAGUGUUCAGACUUCUGUUCCUGAUAAUGGGUGACAGAUGCUACUUGCUGGACACAAAAUUCCUAAACCCAAGUAAUGGUCUUUGGAGCACGAAAGGCUUGUAGAAAAUGUAGCUUUCAUUGCCCAACCUGGUUCAUUUUUAGCUCAACUGAAGUUUCUCGUUUUGUCAACACAAGAGAGGUUUUCAUUAUUUGAUUGAAGCUAGAAUGGCAUAUGCUCAUGAAUAUUCUUAAGCGUUUCACACUAUCUUUAAUUCCUAAUUAUGUAGCAUUUCCUGCUAAAAAAUGUACCUACUAAACAUGCUUUAUAUGUGAAAAUUAUGGCCUUUAAGUUUUUAAAAUAUAUAUUUUAACUGGGUAAUGAACGUAAAAAUACAUAUCAAGUUCAAAGAAUUCUAAAUAAAAGUCUCUUUCCCAGUGAAGCCUCAGUUCUCCCAGUAGACAGUUAUUUUUACCAGUUUCUUAUGAAUCAUUGCAGAGAAUGCAUAUAUAUAUGCACGUGUAUAUAGAAUAGAUUUUUCUCCACAAAUGAUAGCAUACUACAUAUAUUGUAUGUAUUAAUUUUUUCAUUUAAUGUAUUUUAGGGAUAGUACUGGAACAAUACAAAUAAAAUGACUCAUUCUAAUGGCUAUAUAACAUUCCACUGUAUAGAUUAUAUUUUAUUUGACAGUCUUUUAUUGAUGGACUUUAUUUCUAAUCUUUUGCUUAAAUUAAUAACCUUAUUGUAUAGAUGUGAGUAUAACUGUAGAAUUAGUUCUUAGAAGUGAAAUGGUUGGGUCAAAAUCUACAUGCAUUUAAUUUAAACAUUUUUUAUAUUGAUAAUGCCUUCUAAAAAGAUUUUUGCCAAAUUACAUUCCCAACAGUAAAUGAAAAUGCCCACUCUUUGAUAAAGUAUCACCAAACUUUUUGAUUUCUGCCAAUCUGACAAGUCGCAAGUCAUAUCUCAUUGUAAUUUUAAUGUUCAUUUCUCUUAUGAGAGGCAUUUGUCUUUUCAUGUUUAGGAUCUAUUUUUUCUUUUCUGUCUAUUGCCUAUCCAUGUCCUUUGCCUAUUUUUCUAUUGGAUUUUUAAAAUUUAUUGAUUUGUAGGAGCUCUUUAUAUACAAAGGAAAUUAAUCUUUGUCAUAUGUGCUGCAUGCAUUUUCCUGUUGUCUUGUGAUUUUGAUUAUUGUUCAGAUUUUAAAUUUUUAAAAGUUUACUUCAUGAGAUGGUUUCUACAGAUGUUCAAACUAUGUAACAGUAAGAUGGUAAUGAUUCAUCUUUUAACAGUAUUUAUUCUCAUAAAAACCAUAGUACUCCUACUAGACUGUAGUCUAAUUCUGAUCAUCACAAUAGUGAUUACCAUGGGGAAAAGGAAGGAAGUAGUAGGAGGGGGCUUGCAGGGGAUUUCUAGUGUUGGCUACUUCAUGUAUCUUGGUUUGUAUGGUAAUUACAUAAUUGUUUACAUUGACUUAAUC